AUGCAUUGUCAUCAAAAAACUAAAGGAGCUUAUGUAUACGAUAGUUUACCAACGAAUACACCGUAUAAACAAACUCCCCGUGAACCAAUCACUUUGAUGAGUGCAGGAUCAGAUGAAGAUGCAACGAUUUACUAUGAAGCUGUAUCACGUAAACGUUUUGAUAAAUUAAACACAAAAUGCGCUGAAUUACGCAGUACAUUGAGUAGGCAAAGAGCUGCUACAGCUAGACGAUUUCUACAAGAAAAACUUGGAGGUGAUACAAAAGGCUCACUUAUUGGACCUGGAUCCUCUGCAUUCACUCGUUCAUCUGUACCAGUUCAAACUGGCCUGUAUCUUGAAGAAUUAACAGAGGUUAUUGAACAAGAUGAUUUUGGUACACAGACAGAUGCUUUUCUGGAUCGACCACCGACACCGCUGUAUGUACCGGCUAAAACUGGAGUCGAUGUAGAAACACAAAUUUAUGAAAAUGAUCUCUUCGAUUUCAACUUAGAAGUACAGCCAAUAUUAGAAGUAUUAAUCGGGAAGACAGUUGAACAAUCAUUAUUAGAAGUUAUGGAAGAAGAAGAAUUAGCCGACCUACGUCAACAACAAGAAGCUCUACAAGAAAUUCACAAUGCUGACUUAGCUGAAGUCGCUAGACUUGAAGAUCGUAAUAGACGUUAUCUUGAAGAAAAACAAAGACGUUUGAAACAGUAUGAAUUAAGCGCAAUACUGGCUAAAGAGACAGCAAGAAAAAUAGCUGCUAGAGCAUUUACGAAAUCCUACUUAGCACCAUUAUUGGCAAAUACGUAUGAACAGUUAUUGGAAAGAGGCUACUUUUAUGAUUCAGUUGAAUUGGAUAUUGAAACUCACUUCUUUGAACCUCUACUUAACGGUGUAUUGGAUUCUAUGGCACAUGAAAGAAGAGCACGUCUAUUAUUGGAUGGUGCAUUACGUGAGGCUGUAUGUGAACGUCAUACAGAAUUCCGCGAAUUAGCCCGGUCAAUCUAUGAACAAAAGUGUUUGAAUGAAGUGUUGCCCUUGUUAAGAAGUGAUGUGGCAAUUUGGAUAUUACAACGUCAUAUUAUAUUAGCUAUAUCAAGAUUAGAGUUAGCUGCUGAAGCUCUCGGAAUUAUAAAAGAUGCAAUAAUGGAAGAAAUAGAAGAUUCAGUUCUUGAUGAACUUGCUUUAGAAGUUCAAGCACAAAAAGAAGCUGAAGAGGCUGCAUCAAAUGAAGAAGAGUCUACAUUUUAA